UCCUCAGACCCCACCACCAUGGAAAUGCCCCCCAGGAGCCCUGAUGGGAGCGAGAGGUCUCCUCCCUCCAGGGAGCUCAUCACCAGUCGCACGGGGAGCACCCUGUGCAUGAGCUCCCGCAGCGAGUCCAUCUGGACCAGCACCUCCAGGAGCAAGUGGGAGAUCUACCACAAGCCUGUGAUCGUGGUGUCUGUUGGAGCUGCCCUCUUCCUCUUAGGGACAGUCAUCAUCAUCCUGUCCUGCUUCCUGAAGGAUGAGAGAAAAGUUUUUAAAAUGUCUGGCCCGGCUUUCCUGUCCCUGGGGCUGAUGCUGCUUGUUUGUGGCUUUGUGUGGAUCCCCAUCAUCAGGAAGAAGCAGAAGCAGAGACAGAAGUCACAGUUUCUACAGAGCCUCAAGUCCUUCUUCUUUAACCGCUGA